UUUACGUCAGCUCUUCGUUCGUGAAAGAUGAACUUGGUUCGUUGGUCCUCGCGCGCGCGUUUCUGAACUGACUUGGGGAAGGUUUUUUUGCUGUUACUAGAACAGAACUAUUCACGCACUCUGUCUGAGAAGACACUGGGCUCUGGUCCGCAUCCCAAGAAGGUGUUGUAUUCUGUUUUGUGGAGUUCUUGUGCUUUGGUAUUUCUGAAAAAUUGGACGACGUGGUUGUGUAGUGGUGCACGCAACAGCCACCGAACAGAAGAAGAGGCACACAGCAUCCAAACAUGAAAGGCUCCACAGCUUGAGAAGAUUUCCAGUUUUUAUUCGUCCGGUCGCUGACUGCUGUUAUUGUUAUUGUACCAAACCGAGCCAACAGAGCAGUUCACGGUGUUUUGGAUUUUCUGGCGAAGGUGCAUCUUAGUGAAAACAUGAGAAGAGUGCAUAAAAUUUGGUUGGUUUGACCGUGGUGUGACCCGAGAAUAGUUGCGGAUGAGGAAAAGACAGCACUAAAGUGAGGUGGUUAUUGUGGUUCCAACAAGAUUUGACUCAUAAUUUACAGUUAGGGCACACUAGAACAGUCGCGUCGAAGAAAUUGGAUUAACCUUCACUUGCUGGCUCGCACAUCCAACACAAGCAUGAGUUCGGCGGCACCGGUCGGUGGGCUUUGCACAAUGAGUGUAUGAGAAUGAGCACAAGAAGGAAAUGGAAAAGAUCGAUUCCGAGUUUUUGUCGUGUUUCGCAUCCAGGCUGAAACCAGGAAAACAAGUUCGGUGAGCCGGUGGUCGACGUCGUAUCGUACAUACAGCAAACGAGAGAAAGAAAGUGUAUUCCUAGUUUUGUUUUGACGAUAAUAAAGUGCCGCGAUUCGGGUUCAAAAGGUUGCCCACAAAAAUACAAAACAAACGUCGUUCGGUGCGCUUAUGUGACAUAAAUCAGACCCAGUAUGAGGUGCCCUCUGUAGCGAAGCGGAAGAUUAUCAAAGGGUUAGAUAAGGGGCUUAGCUGAGAAGUGAUCCAAGGUGAAAGGGCGAAAGUCAAGUGUGACGAGGCAGAAGUGAUACGAAGAUCUCUAGAAGCAGUCGCUGGUUCUUUCGUGUUUUUGCAUGCUCCCAUUGAAUCUUAUCGCACGGUAUCCAUUUGAGAACGGCUGCUGUGAGCAUCGACGGAGAUAGGAGCGAGUUCUGUUAUGUUGGUUUUGCCGUACGUGUAUUUCCGUCGCGUUUGAUUUAUAAGUCCCCAAUUUUGUUUCGUUUUCGGUGUCGGUGGAACCAUCAGUGGAGAAUCGAAAAUAAAAACGCCCGGCACUAUACCAAAUAAAAAAAAAUACAUAGUCCUCGGGAGAAGAGAGUAAAUCAAAGUGAAUCCGUUUAAAAGAGUUUUGUUUGUCCUGUGUUGUUUAAGUUCAUUUUUUGUAUUCAAUUGCGAAGUUUGUCGUACGCGACACAACAAGAAGAAGCAGCGAAAUUGAAUGUUAUUUUUAAAGUGAUUACGGAUUAUAUACAUGGGAAAGGUAGGGCAGCAGAAUAAGAAGUCCUUCCAUCCACCCGGUGCAGCAUAUAAAGGUGAAGCAAAAGGUGUACGCGUGAAAGUAUAAAUCGAUUUUCUGUCUGUGCAUUCAUUUGAAAUUUCCGGAACGGAGAAACUGCAUUCUUCAUUCGGAAUCGAAAGCAACGGCGAAGGUGACACAAAAAAAAUACACAGAACGAGGACAGACGCAGCUCAAGCGAUACGGCGAAGCCUGAGCAGGAUUUGAACCAUUAAAAUUGCAGAUUGUAUCGGGCCACAUCACCCAGCGUGACGUGCGGAGCAAUUUAGCCCCUCAUUGGGCGGCGAAUCUCAAACAAAGUGGUAUAAACAAACGGUUUAUGACUCUGCUUGCCGGCCUGCAACAAGAAAAAAAAAUCGCGACUCCGACGUCGACGACUAUAUGAAAUGUAAACAACGAAACCCUCCCGGAGGAUCCACAACCGCAGGACCACGACAGUAAUAAACUUUUUCUCCUGCAUGCUCCGGCUGCGAAUGGGAAGAGAAAAGAAUAGCUAUUAAACAAGUUGGGAAAAAAGUGAACCACCGCACGAUAUCUACCUUCGAGGAAGAAAAAAAAAACGAAGAAAAGAAAAGUGGAAAAAGUUUAUUGGUGGCAGCAUGUAGCGCGCCCUGAGGAAAUGGUCGACCAAAGGGGGCGGCGGCGAGCUACAGUUUUAAUUAAUCGUUAACUUUUUGCAUGGUAGAUCGUCGCGAAAGAGCGCCAAACUGUGAUAGCAGAUAAGUUAUCGGGGUCGUGUUGUGUUUACGGGAAGUUCUGGGAAGUGGUAAGGGCAUACGUACGUACGGACGACGGACGGACGGACGCAGCCCUUACUGAAGAUGGCGGUCAGCAACAUUGUUUGCGAGUGGCUGCGUGCUCUGGGGCUCGGCCAGUAUGCGGAGAGCUUCCUGGAUAACGGUUACGAUGAUUUGGAGAUUUGCAAGCAAGUCGGCGAUCCGGAUUUGGACGCGAUUGGUGUCCAAAAUCCGCAGCACCGAAGCAAGCUGUUGAAGAGUGUGCGACUGUUGCGCGAGAAGGGCGCGGCGAGUGUGUAUUUUCAGUUGAAUGAUCCCAAAUCACUGCUGUCGGAUAACAGCGACAGUCUCGAGCGGGACAGUUCGCCGUUGAUGUUGAGCGAACUGGAGGCGCUGCUCCAGGAACAACUUAAGGCGGAUGGAGUAUGCUUGACGGCGCAUCCUUAUUCAACACCGGACGGUUCCCGGGGGCACCUGGAAGGCCUAGCGUCCGUCUACUGCGAGAUGCUGAUGGCCCCGUUUGGCGAAGUUCUCUCGGCGUUGGAGGACGCCCGGUUGCGGGCGUGGUCCGAGCGGAGUCCCCACAGUUCUUCCGGUGGAAGUGGAGUGCAUCGGGCUGGCCACCGGGGGAACUCAUGCCACGGUGGUCUGCCCAACAGCCACAGCCAGCCGAUCUACGUGCCCGGGAAGUACUCGCCAUCCAGUUGUCUCUCGGACAAGGAGGAGGACGAAAUUUAUGGCUUCGGCUACGGCGUCUUUGCCCCACGGGUCGCCCGAACGACUUUGCAGCAACAGCAGCAGCAACAACAACAGCCACAAUCCCAGCAACAACAAUCACAAAAUUCCACCAAUGUACCUGCGAACAGUGCUGGCGGACAGCAAAGCUGCCUCAGUCCACGUUCGGCGUAUUUCUACGAAUUUCCACCUACGGACGGUCGCGAGACGAGCAAAAAGCGCACGACGCUGGCGCGACUUUUGAGAGGAUUAAAGACUGUUAAUAGACGUGAUAGAUCAAAUCAAAACAACGGAACCGGCACCGGGGCUGGAGCCGGCGGUACCAACAAUCUGGGCAACAACGCCGCCGGAUCAGCGACGCAGGCACGGCUGCAAAACGAAAGACUGAGACAUUUUCAAAUGAACGGCGGCGGUGGACCUCAGCCAAGUUUCGAGGAAACCAUUCAGAGGCUGAAAAUUCAAGAAGCACUUAGGAAAAAGGAAAAGUUUCAACGGGAGCACGAAGAGAUUCUACGGGACAUUCGCCAAGGAUUGCUGCAGCUGAAUCGAGACUCUCGAGACGACACCUACAUGUACGACGACGCAGUUACCAACGUUAUGCGGAUGCCCCACCAGGGCCACUGGUACGACGAGCCUCCGUACGAGAGCGAUCCGGAUGAUUUCCUCAUGUCCGGAAUGCGACAUGCGGGCCCAUCCGCAACGAUACAAGGCGGACGAGUGUGCUACACCACGAAUGGACGGGAAGGGCAAGGCGUAAUAUCGUUGCGAUCUGCCGGCGACAUAUCGAUCCCCCAGCGAGGUCCCAUCCGGCGGGGACUGAUUGUACCGCAGCAACCUCCAAACCCACCGACCAUCAUUCCGCUCAAGCAUGCCAGAUCGCACGACCGGGAAAGCGGAGACUACGCCGGAUCGAUAUCGGAUCUGCACAGUGUUACCUCACGUCUCAGUCAGGUUUCGAUUGGCACGAAUAAUUGCACUGCCCGCUAUCGCACACUCAGCGGUGGCCUGGGAGAUGAAUCGCCCUCGCCGUCGCCCACGCCGUCCUCCGAGUACGAUGACAUCUUGCUCCAGAAGCAACUGGCGGCUGCCCACCAGCAUCAUCACCAUCAGCUCCAAGUCGGUGAGCACCAUCUUCUGCACCAGAAUGGGGGCAGCGGGGGCAGUUCCGGGAUUGGCAGCCAAAGUGGCCAAAGUGGGACCCUCGGGACGCUCGGCUCCGGGAGUAAUGGCUCCGGGGGCAUCGGCAGCAGUGGCAGCGGAAGCGGCGGCGGCGGAGGAGGAGGACUGGGAAUCGGUGGUGGCAGCGGUAGUACAAAGAAUGGAGUCAACAAUCUUAAGAACCUGAAGGCAGCCAAGAAUCGGAACAAUCUAUCAUCGUCGCUGGCGGCAGCGACGGCGCACAAUAAAAAUUUAACGAUAAGUCAACAAAUAGCUUUAGUACAUCAUUCCAAUGACGCUAGGACAUCACCAAAGGACCAUCUGCUGAACGCCAGCAGUCGAAAUAAUAGGGACUACAGCAACUGCCUCGACAGCAUCAGUGACCAAACCACGUUCCAGCAUUCGGCCAGCUCCGUCGAGAGCCUUCCCAGUGCAUCCGGAUCGAGCACGCAAGCUUUGGUCCGGCCGGGCAGUCCGCACAGUUCGCUCUCGGCGGAAGACCGAACCACGAUGGUUCCAAUUUGCCGGGCGAUAGCCCUAAUCGACAGUAAUCCAAACCCGUACGACAAAGAAGCUUUAAGGUUUAAGAAAGGUGAUAUCAUCGAUGUUCUUUCGAUGAAUGCGUCCGGCGUGUGGCGGGGGUUCGCCAACGGCCGGUUAGGACAUUUCAAAUUCAUUAGCGUGGAAGUGCUGCCGGACCAUCCGGUGAAACCAUACAGCAGCGGGAAACUGCUCAGCCGAAAUCGACUGCCAACAAGUUGUCCCACCAGCGUGGAGGAGCUCUUGCUGCGGAUAGGGCUGAAGGAGUACACUUCUGUCUUCGUGUUAAAUGGGUAUGAAGACUUGGAGUUGUUCAAAGAACUGGAACCGUCCGAUUUAGAUUACUUAGGAAUUGGAAAUACCGAGCAUCGUGCCAAAAUAUUAGCGGCUGUGCAAUUGUUGCAUGACCUUGAUUCAACGUCCGAUGGAGAGGUGGCCGGUUCGAGUUCGGAGAACGACGAAGGCCUCCGGCUGAGCCACAUCAACGGUGGUGGGGGUGGCGGUGGCGGUAGCCAGCAGCAUCACCAGAGUCACCAGACGUCUCCUUUUGGUCGUCGGCACUUCCCUCGCGAUUCGGGCUGCUACGAGGGAUCUCCGGUGCCAUCUUCACAGCAAUCCAACCAUCACCACCUGCACCACAGCAGCCACAGCAACAGCAACAGCAGCAGCAGCAAUCAGGGUGGACAGAACAGCUCGUCGGACAACGAUACGAACAACUUGGACUCGGUGGUGGCUCAGUGUUCGAGUGAGAUUAUGAAACGGGUGGAGGGUGCCCGGCGGUUCAAAACGUCGUCGGAUGGCAGCGGAAAUGGAACGAAAACGAUGAACCGGGCCACCAAGAAGGGUGGAUUACUGGGCGGCGGUGGCGGAAAUGGUGGGGUUGUGGUGAGUGGAGAUGAUAUGACGAUACGAAGCAGUGGGGGCAGCAGCGGUGGGGGAGCGUUGAGUGAGAAGUCAAGUGACUCUGGAGUGAGCAGCAGCAGUCUGUCGUCGGGGCCGAUUAAGAACAACCUUUAGCGGAGUUUACUGCUGGCGGGUGAGGGAUGAGUGUGCGCGUGGCGGAGAUUCGGUGCGGACGAGGAGCUGGAUUUGGAUGAGCGGGAUGAGACAGAGGCCUAUAGGUAGGUAGGGUCGGUGGAAGCAGGAGGUUAGACUUAGAAUGCAUUUUAUCUGUUAAGCACACUGCCAAAUAAUGUGACGAAUGGAAAUAGAUUAAAAGGGUUUUAAUUUA